UGAUUGCAAAGGAGAACAUUGUAAAGAUAACAGCAUCUAUUUCAGGACACAGAGACAGAGCCGUCGCAUACACACACCCAUAGGAUAGUCUACUCAAACUCACCAGUAGACCAACAAAACAGUGAUCUAGGGAUUACUUGGGUAUGAAUUCGAUUGCAAUUUAGUUGGAUUCCUAAAAUUGCGUUUAUAGGAGUGAUUUGAAUGUAAAGGUAACGUCAUAUUUGGAACUUCACAUCAAACGUUUCGUCUCCUGAUCAACGGAUACAAAGCCCACGUACCGGUGAGAUACUAAAUGUGGUUUGCAAAGGUUAUGGAAUAUAAUAAUUCGUUUUGUUAAAUUUGAAGAAAUGGCAUGCCAGACGCGGUAGUGCCAUUCAGAUAGCCUACUACACACGGUGCUCAUUUCAGAUUCGCCGGUCAAGAAAUCCGGUUAAGAACCAACACCUCUGGAAUUGUGCUUUAGAUGAGAACUGAACUGUAGUGCGCUUCACAAAAAGGACCCAAGCUUUACAGGGCUCGAGAGGAAGCAAAUAAGAACAUCUGGAAUAAUCUAUUAGCUCUUGACAGCAACCUCUUUGGAAUACAAAAACCGCAUGGACUGUUUUGGAUUACCCUAACGUGUGCAUCAAUCAUAGUUCCAUGUGCAAACUAUUCCCGCUGGCGCAGAGCUGGAUAUUUACCAGGAUGCUAAACUUGUGAAGUAGCCUAACUCUCUUUCUUUGCUCUCUGUAUCGAAUAACCAAUAUUCUUCCUCUCCAUCGUGCUUGGGAAUUCCAGUCUCAAAAAGAGAAAAUGAAAAGAUAUAAUCUCACGUUGGCUUGUUUAAUGGCUUGCAUCCUUUCCAUCUGCUUUACUUUGGGCACAACUGGGGCAGAGACUCAAACCGUGACCCAGGAGUCGUGCGCUUCGUGCGGGAUGCCGGAGGCGUCAGAACGGGUGGAUAUAGACUUAUUGGAAGCUGUUAAGAGGCACAUCUUGAACAGGUUACAAAUGAGAGAAAGACCCAACAUCACACAUCCUAUCCCGAAAGCGGCAAUGGUGACAGCGCUGAGGCGGCUACACGCAGGUAAACUACGAGAAGACGGAAGGGUUGAGAUCCCUAACCUUGAUGGACAGGCUGCCUACAGUAACGAGGGGCAAGAGACUUCGGAGAUAAUCAGCUUCGCAGAAUCAGAUGAGCUGACUUCAUCUCAAGCAUCUAAGUCCAGCCUCUACUUCCUCAUCUCCAGUGAAGGGAACCAGAACCUGUACGUGUCUCAGGCCAACCUGUGGCUCUACUUCAGGCUGCAGCCCACCGGCUCCGAGAAAGGGCCUCGACGAAAAGUCACAGUGAAGAUCCACUACAAGGAGGCAGGGACUGGGACUGCAGGUGGAGCCGGGGGGGGAACAGGGCCAGGGGGAGGAGGUCGGUGGACCCUGGUGGAGAAGCGCGUGGACCUUAAGCGCAGUGGCUGGCACACAUUCCCCAUGUCAGAGGCCGUGAGGGCCGUGUUUGGUAAGGGUGGCCGGCGGCAGGACCUUGAGGUGCACUGCGAGGGCUGUGAGGCAUCCAAUGUGGUUCCUAUCUUAGUCGACACAGCAGACCCUUCACACAGGCCCUUCCUGGUUGUCCGGGCGCGGCAGGUGGAAGGGAAGCACCGCAUCAGGAAGAGGGGCCUGGAGUGUGAUGGGAGCAGUGGAGGUCUGUGCUGCAGACAGCAGUUCUACAUUGACUUCCGCCUCAUUGGCUGGAACGAUUGGAUCAUCGCACCUGCGGGUUACUACGGUAACUACUGCGAGGGGAGCUGCCCGGCGUACAUGGCAGGGGUACCGGGGUCAGCGUCGUCGUUCCACACGGCAGUGGUCAACCAAUACCGGAUGAGGGGCAUGAGCCCCGGCUCGGUCAACUCCUGUUGUAUCCCCACCAAGCUCAGCACCAUGUCUAUGCUGUACUUCGACGAUGAGUACAACAUAGUAAAACGAGAUGUGCCCAAUAUGAUAGUGGAAGAGUGUGGCUGUGCCUGAGACUGUCUGUGAUUUUUUUUAAACUUUGAACUUUGAAAGUCAAAUCAAACGACUAUAGUUAAAAAGUCUUGUACAAAAGGACCUUUUUGUACUAUACACAUAUACCAUAUAACUAAAUAUAUAUAUAUAUAUAUUUAUAUAUUUAGUUAUAUGGCACAAACAAACAUGUAUUAAUGGAUUAUUUAUCUGGCAGAGCGAGGCCAGUUUCUGUCCAUUUCAUAUUAAGAACAGAGUUAUGGGAGGAAAAGGGAAUGGUUGAUCACCAAAUUAUAUUAUUUUACUAGUUUGCCAUUUUUAGAUGAAAAAUAAUGGUACUUUAUCUCUUCUCUGAUGAAGAUGGAAAGAAAAGCGCUUAUUGACCCAGUGCAGUCAAAAACGUGUUUUAUAUAUAUUUCCACACUAUGUGGUUGGAAUAAUACUGUGAAACUGUGAAAAUUAUGAUAAUGCCCUGUUAGAGUCUUUUGAAAAGACCGCCUGAAAUUUCAGCCUGUUUUGGUGGGAUGGAGUUUUGGCCUGCCUAGUGACAUCAACAGGUGUUCAAUUAGUUAAUAGACCAAUAAGAAAGAGUUCCAAACCUCUCUGACAAUAACAGGUCGUUUUCAGUUUCCCCUUACCACUCUGACCACUCCCAGACAGUCUUAGCAACAUUUUUCUUUGAGAAAUUGCUCUUCGCUAAGAAGUUAUUUUUGUUUAUUUUUUACCAUUUUAAUUAAAACAAUCACAGUAAAGUACUUAAUUGUUAUCCAGAAAAUAUUUGAUAGUGAGAUAAAAAGGGCUGGAUUGGACCUUUAAGGAAGCGUACAGGUCCAGGAUCAGCCAACCGCACAUUGACUUCUUCCCCUCCCUGAGUACUGAAGCACACCAGAACAUUGACAAAACAAAAGCACUGACAAUGACAAUUCAUCGGAUAAUACAAUUAGAAACACCAGCACUUCCAUAAAGACUGUCAAAGACACUAUGACUGUCCCAUUCGAUCCGGUGGAAUUAUUACAGAAAGUGUAUCAGCCUGUGCUUAUUAUUGAAUAAAGCCUUUCUGGGACUACACUUCUGUCCAGGGAGGUGAUGACACAACAACAACGUUGUUGACAUGUUGUUGUUGACAUUGGACCACACGUUCUCUCUUCCUGUCUGUGACCAUACUGCAGGCGAGCACUCAGUUUAAAGGUGAAGAUGGAACUUUGUGCACAGUGCACAACUACACACACUUCAUCCAGAGAAAACAGAGUCCGCACUGCCCCUACUUGUUUCGAUAAAGUGGACGAGGAGGAGACUCUUGUUAUGGGCCAACAGGGCAUGAUGGUGCAGUGUAGCACUUGCAGACUAAACUCUUUAAAUGCACACUCCCACUCCUAAUAGCACUUGCAUAUUGAAAUGCCUUCAAAGGGGUACUGAGUGUCCUGUCAUAAAUAAGUGCCACGUAAUUUAUGCAAUGUAUAGUAACCCACCCAUGCCCACCUACACAACUCUACCAGACUGAAAUGAUCUUUCUUCUCCUCCUCUCCUGGUCUUUAACUCCUCUUAUCAAAUACUUGAAAUGUGAUCUUUCGCUUCCAUUUUUCCAAAGCGAAUGAUUGUUAUGACAUUUGCACUGAAAAGUUGCGGGAUUAGUUAAUAAACAAACUGCCAUUGAAAGUUAUUUUUCUAGAAGUAAAUUGUAUUUUUUUUGUACAAAUUUUAUUUGACCUAUUAAUGGAACCAAAGAGGCCAAUAUUAUUUGAGCUUAAUAUUAUAAUUAGAUGGCGAGGCCAUCACGUUACUUUCUGUGUACAAUGCUGUUUGAUCAUAAGAGGCCUAAUCUACGUAUCAGGGUACAAUAUGAUGAUUCUAUUUCUUAGUUAUAUUAUUUCCUUUCUCUAUCUAUUUUGUACAAUACACAUGUGGACACUUCAUUUUUCAUCUUUAAUUCUAUUUUUUUUC